AUGUUCGAUGUCGACUCCUUGUACGGAGAGCCCACAGGGUGGGACAUCAAUGCUCCCAUACCAUCCGAUAUUUCAAGCCUCCACCGUCCCUUGAGGACGAAGAAACUACGCUUAUGGAAAAGUUGUUUAGACGACAGCAAAUUCAUAGCAAUGCUCUUGGAGGCGUUCACGAAAAGCCUCGAGCCGGGAUAUUUGCAAGAUCUCGAAGUCGAAUGCAGCACCAUCUCCGAAGUCUCUGCCAUAGGCCAGCUCCUUGCUCGCGUUGGACAGGGUCUGACGAGCCUGCAGGUCAGCGGGAAGUCUCCUCCCUCAGCAUCUAUGCGGGAUGGUUGGAAGGACCCAAUGGACAGCCAUUGGGAAAGCCUCAACCUCGCGUCUUGCCCGAGACUCGAGUCGAUCAAUAUCAACAUCUACUUCCGCGCAUCCGGCGACGAGAAACAGCCUACGGACCACCCGGCGCUCAGCCUCGCAGGGGCUGGAAUGCUUUCCCAGGCGUCGGGUACCUUGCGCAAAAUCGCUAUUUGGCUGCACGACCUGCCUCGCAUUACGACGUUGAACAACCGGCGUCUGCUCCGACUGCAAGCAUUUGACAGAAUCAUCACACAAGACCGGUUCCCGCUCCUCGAGGAGCUACGACUGGCAAAAGGUGGUGCUUGGAACUCAGAAGGCUCUACGUGGUUUACAUUCGCGGGGGUUACUCGAGGUUACCGGUUGGUAGCGAACAAGCUGUCUCUGGUGCCGAUCAUGGAUAGUCGCAUGAUGAUAGCAAUGUAA